AUGCUGCGGUAUUUCCAUGGAUUUCAGUUCCGCGAAAGCUAUGACUGGCUUUUCAAGGAUCUCGACGUGGAUAAAGCUGUCAAAGCUGGUAUCACUCAACCUGGACGGUAUCUUAUUUUGGAAUUUGACUUCUCUGGCCCUACCUAUUCUCACAAACAUGAAGAAUGUGCAGAGUUCCUUGCUUGGGAAAUAAACCUAGGGCUGUCGAAUUUCAAGUACGAUUACGCCGAAUAUCUAGGCGACUCGUUUGCGUCAGCAACCUCCACUUUUAGCGAGAAAGAUCCAGCUGGAAAUCUCAGACAUCUCAUUAAUGCUGUUGAUCUAGCGCUUCAAGACAUUCAUGACAGAGGUGAGAAGGAUCAUCCCCUCUGGGAUGUACGAGGAAUCUAUUUACUAGCAGACGAAUACGAUGCUUGCGCCAACGAUUAUAUAGACCCACAUGAACCAUUGUCUUGGUCCGAUGUUGAGCCCGUUCGUACUCUGAAGGCAUUUUGGACCAACGUCAAAGUGGGCGAGAAGUCGUUUUAUGGUAUCAGAAAUGUGUACAUCACUGGAGUCACACCUCUCCUUCUAAGCGGCCUCACGAGUGGUGCCAACCACCAAGAAAACAUCUCUUUCAACGCAGAGAUUUCAGCCCUUUGUGGAUUAACUCGAUCCGACGUGCUAGAAGCACUGAGACUCAUCGACAAGAAUGAAGAAGAGGUGCAAAAGCACAUUAGGACAUUAGAAAAGUAUGCUAAUGGCUAUCACUUCUGCCAACGACGGAGUGUGGAGCUGGUGUUUAACACCCAGACUGCUCUUUUAUAUCUUCAGGCUUUUAAAGAUGGAAAAGAACCCGAAAUCAUGGAUCCUGUGAACUCAGAGGUUCCUGAGCCUUAUUUAUGGAUCUGUGCAAGGGCCCCUGCUGCCGUGAAUGAUAUGCAGUGUGCACUUCAAAGGGACGAACAUGGCUCUUACCAAAAGAUUCCAUAUAAGGAAGUGCUCGAUGGCUUUACACCGCACCAACUGAAUACCCAAGCGACCGGAGAAGGCGACAUAUCUGUAUGGCGAUCCUUAAUGGUCUACAUGGGUGGCUUGACUUUUGAUUCGAAUGAUCCAUCCAGCUUCUUCAAGAUACCUAAUCUUAUCGCUGCUAAGAGAUUUAGAUCUGCGAUCCUUAAGCGGCUUAGCUUAUACGAUACCAUUGGUGAUGCUGUGCAUACUCUUGCCCGAACCGGGAACCCAAUGAGCGCUCUUGCUGGGUAUUGUCAACUGAUGCGACAUCAUGAUAAAAUCGAAGACGCAUUUUUGAAGACAGAGGAACACCAUCGAGGAAUUUUCCAGACCAUGAUUCUGAAAAACCGUUCCAUUGACGCUAUGGGUGAAUACCAAGUAAAGAAGGUAACCACUAGCGCUGGGUUUGUCGACCUACUUAUUACAAACAACCAAAACCUCUACACUCUUAUCGAGUUCAAAAACAUCCAAAUCCCCUGUCUAAAACUUGAUGGGGAACAAAAUAUCGAUAAAGCGGAACAGCUUGAGGCCAUGAAUCUAACCAAGAUCCUUGGACUAAAAUUCAAGGACGAUAAAUACCGGACAGGUACCAUCCGCAACUGGAUUGAUGGAAGAGGGUCGAAACCUGGAAGUGUCUGCAAGCAACUUCAGUCUUAUAUUGCGGGGCCUACCGUGCAAAAGGAGAUUGUCGACAAAAACUUCCGUGCCUUUGUAGUGGUGAUUGUUGGAUCACGGCAGAUACUUGUUCGUGAGAUGGAUAGGAAUGGCAACUGGGUGGGCAAUUUUCAGCUUGCAAAAUGA